AUGGGGGUUAAUAAUGAUGGAAAAAUCAGAUUGAUUAAGGAGAAUGAAAGACCAUGUCUUGAAUUCACUCAGUUAAGUGUAAAGGAUUCCCUCAGAGAUUUGUUUAUUCCCAGAAUGGAGAUAAUUCUGAUGAUGUAUACAAGAAAUAACCAAAAUUGUGCUAAGCCACUGUUUGAGCAAGAUAACACACUCAACAUUCUUUUCAACACAAAAAGGAAAACAGUUUGGCUUAUUCAUGGAUACAGACCAACAGGCUCUGCUCCAUCAUGGAUUCAGAACUUUCUAAGGCUUUUGUUGAAUAAAGAAGAUAUGAAUAUAAUUGUAGUAGACUGGAACCGUGGUGCUACAACUUUAAUUUACAAUAGAGCAGUCAAAAAUACCAGAAAAGUUGCUAUAAUUUUGACUAGGUAUAUUCGCAAACUUUUGAAGCAUGGAGCGUCUCUUGACACUUUUCAUUUCAUAGGUGUGAGCUUAGGUGCUCAUAUUAGUGGAUUUGUUGGAAAGAUAUUUCAAGGUCAACUUGGAAGAAUAACAGGUCUUGACCCUGCUGGACCAAAAUUCUCUGGAAAACCAUCAUAUGGCAGAUUAGAUUACACUGAUGCAGCAUUUGUGGAUGUCAUCCAUUCUGAUGCUGAUGGUUUAGGCAUUAAAGAGCCUUUGGGACAUAUAGAUUUUUAUCCCAAUGGAGGGAAAAAACAACCUGGUUGUCCUAAAUCUAUUUUUUCAGAUUACAAGACUGGUUUAUGUGUGAACUGUGAUGACUUUAAGAAACUAUCAUGUCCUAGACUAGGUUAUCAUGCUAAUCUAUGGAAAGAUAUUUUAAAAGGAAGAAUGGAAAAAAGAUCUCUUAGGACCACUGUGUUUUUGGAUACUGCUGCCACAAAUCCAUUCUGUACCUACUAUUUUGUUCUCAAUAUACUUGUUCGGAACAAAGCAAUGAAGCAUGGCUAUAUUACAUUUAAAUUAUUGAAUGAGCUUGGGAUGGUUGAAGAACCAAGGCUUUAUGAGGAGAGUGAAUCAUUUUAUAAAGUUCAAGAAGUCAAUAUUCUAGCUCAAUUUUAUAAUGAUGUUGUAAAUAUUUCAAGUAUUAGUUUGACAUAUUUCCAGAGCUCAAAUCUGCAAUGUCCUACAUGUGAAUAUAGGAUUCAGCGUCUCAUGUUAAAAUCACUUACAUAUCCACAAAGACCACCAGUUUGCAGAUAUAAUUUUGUACUUAAAGAAAGAGAGGAAGUAUUUCUCAAUUCAAGCACAUGCACAUUAAAGGAAAUAUAA